AUGCUCAGAUCUGUGAUCAGCAGAAAGGUAGGCAACAAAUUGGGAAGCAGAUUCUUCUCGAGAGAGGCCACACCUUAUGACCAGACCAUCAACAACCUACGCUUGUCGGAGGAUACCAAGGUGAUCAUCCAAGGUUUCACCGGUAGACAGGCUACUUUCCAUGCCAAGUUGUCUCAAGAAUACGGCACCAACAUCGUCGGUGGUACUAACCCAAAGAAGGCCGGUCAAACACACUUGGGCCAGCCCGUCUUUGCCUCCGUCGCUGAGGCCAUCAAGGAGACUGGUGCCACUGCGUCCGGUAUCUUUGUACCUCCUCCAAUUGCUGCCAAGGCUAUCCAAGAAGCCGUCGAGGCAGAGGUCCCCUUGGCUGUCUGUAUCACCGAAGGUAUUCCACAACACGACAUGUUGUACGUGGCUGAGAUGUUGAAGUCACAGAGCAAGACUCGUCUAGUCGGUCCUAACUGCCCAGGUAUCAUGUCCCCUGAGGGUCGUGUCCGUAUUGGUAUCCAGCCCUCCAAGAUUUUCACUCCUGGUAAGAUUGGUAUCGUCUCCAAGUCUGGUACUUUGACCUAUGAAGCCGUCCAACAAACUACUAUUACCGGUCUAGGCCAAUCUUUGGUCAUCGGUAUUGGUGGUGACGCUUUCCCAGGUACCGACUUCAUCGAUGCCCUAAAAUACUUCAUGAACGAUCCUUCCACAGAGGGUAUUGUCAUGUUGGGUGAGAUCGGUGGUAAAGCCGAAAUCGAGGCUGCCGAGUUCCUCAAGGAGUACAACUUGACUCGUUCCAACCCAAUGCCAGUUGCUUCUUUCAUUGCUGGUACCGUGGCUGGCCAAAUGAAAGGUGUGAGAAUGGGCCACUCCGGUGCUAUCGUCGAGGGUUCUGGUACUGAUGCCGAGUCCAAGAAGGCUGCCUUGAGAGAUGCCGGUGUCGCUGUUGUCGAAUCUCCAGGCCGCUUGGGUGACGCCUUGGUUAAACAAUUUGCCAAAUUGUAA